AUGUGGGCAACGUACAAAACUAUUGGGAAUCUAGUAAUCGAUAUUUUCUGCAACGGACAGGAUGAGAAAAUUAUUCAACUGGAAAGCCUCUUAGAGCAAUACAAGGAUGCAUUUCUUAAUCCUGCCAAGAAUCCGCCCAAAUCGAUGACCGAUCGACAACUUGUGAAAAAGGCAGAUUCGGAGGCAAUUUCACUUCCUGGGGUGUCUCAGAAAAUUUUACUUACACGCGAUAUUAUCGAAGAAGCUUGCACUAUCAGUGAUCUCUUUGACUUUAACGAAUUAGCAGCUGUAGAACUGCUGCUGUCAGCUGAAGGCCAGCUGCCCUCGUAUCCAAAUCUUACUCGCGGAUUGGUGGCUAUUAUCUUGUACUACGAUGGCCAGCGUGCAAUAGCGGAGUCUCUGCGGACAAUUUUCCAGUCUCGAAACGGCCGCAUGUGGUCUGUUCGUUUGUCAAAGGAGACCGCCACCCUGGUUGAGUCUUUUACAAAUGACCUGCUUGCGUCUGGUUUAGUUAGCAAUAUUCUGAGUAAGUUGUUUUUAUUCCUUUGCUUCCUCUCCUCACAAUCUUAG